ACACCAAGACCUUCCAAUCCCCCAAUCCCUUGCUCUUUGUACAACCCCCACACAAUGCUUCGAACAUCCAUCAUCAAGAGCGCGCGCUCAAUCGCCGCUCCCCGCUACUUCUCCGCAUCCGCUCUGCGCUUGGCUGAGGGAGCUACCGGCUCUGGCUCAUCGAGACCUACCGGAACUGCUGGCGGUGACGCCUUCACCAAGCGCGAGGCUGCUGCCGAGGAGCUCUACAUUCGUCAAGAAGAGAAGGCCAAGCUUCUGGGAAUCAAGGCGAAGCUCAGGCAGCAGAGGGAGCACAUGGACGAGCUAGACAAGCACAUCGACCAAGUCAUCAAGGAAGCCGAGGCUUCCGGCCAAGGCGAGCAGAAGUAAAUACGUAUCCAACGUUACCAAAGCACACUUCGCUGGGACAACCCAUGCGUUUUGAUGACCCUAUGACGGAAUAAAAUAAACACCCUUUUUGAGCAUCUA